AGCCACAAUGUUUUUCUGUACUGCUCGUUGUAAUUUCACAUGAGUGUUUGCGAGUGUGUCAAAAGUGGGGACAGUUUGAGGAUCUUCUGCAGUAGCUCUGUGGAGCUGGACAACCUCGCUUGGCCAUCGGCGAAGAGAAUUGAGGCGCACUUCAACCGGCUUGGCCUCACAUACCUACCCAAAUUAACCGGAGACGCGAGUGUUGUUGGACUGAAUUUCGAUGAAAAUGCCAUCAAUAGCUUCACACCCGAACCUCUGCAGUUCUUCAAGAACCUCGAGACGCUCUCGUUGGCAGGCAAUAAGAUUGCCGAAAUGCCCAGGGAUUUUCUGCGCACUCCUUCCACUCUCAGGCACCUGAAUCUCUCUCGCAACGCUCUUCAGGAGCUCGAUUCCGCCCUUCUGAAGCACUUGAAAGGCCUUCAGAGCCUGGAUCUCAGUCACAAUAUGUUCCGCAAAGUCUCAUCAGAACUCCUCUCGGCGCUCAGUCACGUUGAGACGCUCAAUCUCGAGGACAAUCUCGUGUUUGAUAUUGAGGACCUCGAUGGUGACAACAGUGACGAAGUCGCGAAGAGACACUUGAGCAUCAGGCAGAUGAAUUUGGCCCACAACAAUUUUGCAGUUAUAACGGCGAAAACUUUUGCUGACUUUGACAAAUUGGAAUCGCUGGACAUUUCUCACAACAAGAUUGCCAAUGUGAACCAGAAGGCGUUCAAGAACAUGAAACUGCUGCGAACACUCGACUUGUCUGAGAACCAAAUUGAAGACCUUCAUUUGCAUCUGCCCGACUCUGUGGAGAUUUUCCGUGCUCGGGGAAAUCGCAUAAAGCUGUGGCCUCUCACACAACUCCCGGAAGCAAUCAAGGCGAUUCACGUGGAGAACAAUCGACUCACUGAGCUCUUCACCCCCACCGAUGCAUCCACCAAAUUGGCCUUUUUCAAUGCAUCCGACAAUCUAAUUGAAUUCCUGCCCGACCAUGUGGCCCUGCCAGAAUUGACAGUGCUGGAUUUGAGCUUCAAUCAACUCACUUCUGUGCCUCAGGGCAUGUCAGUGCGCACCCCCGCGCUCGCCACCCUCAUCCUCGACCACAAUCCCAUCGAGACCAUCCUCUUCGUCGACCCCAUCACCGUGGGCAACCUCUCCCUCAGCAACAUGCCGCUGGUCAGCGCCCUGCACGCCAAAGCCUUCUCGCCACUGCGCGGGAGACACGCCCAGGAGAACCACACUUGCGUCUCCAUCAGCAUCUCGCGAUGCCCACUGCUGCACGACAUCCACGAGCAGGCCUUCCAGGGCGUGCACCUCUGCAAGCUUGAUUUGAGCGGCAAUAAUCUGACCAAAAUUCCGGAGCAUCUCACAGAUUGGUCAAAUCUGGAGGAUGGCAUAGAUUUCCAGGACAACCCUCUAGAUUGUUCCUGCUCAGCGCAGUGGAUGCUCGACACGGUCCUCAAUCAGCUCUACCGAAAGCCUCAACACCAGCAUUUCUUAUCUGAACUCAGGUGCGCCUCUCCGGAAGCCUUCGCUGGCCAGCGAAUAGUGCGAUACUACAGGAGACGCGCGGCCUUUUGCAAUCCCAGCGCUCGUGCAAUUCUUCAGACCACUGAGGAGCCCGAAACUGCGGAGGCGGGCAUUCAUUUGCACCUGAACAAGGGCCCCGGAGUGGGAAUCAUAAUCGCGACGUCGUGCCUCGUGCUGAUCGCCAUGAUUGCAGCAGGACUCUACAUGGUUCGCGUGGAGAAGCAGCGAUUGCGGAGGAACAGGGAAAAGCGACUGUUCAGGGAGCUUCAGUAGACGGAGAUUAGCAUAAUGGAGAAAAAUAUAAGGAUUCUUAAUUGUAGCGGAACUUGGGCUGUCCCAAUCCAUUUAAUUCAAUUAUCACGCCUCCUCAACUCAUCCUUCGCGACAAAUCUAAUUCUUCGCUAAUUAAUGCCCGACUUUUAUUGAUAUAUCCUUGCGAGAGGAUGAAAAGGAAGGCUUGAAAGUACAAAAUAUUCACAAUCUUA